AUGAACUGCAGCGAGCCGCGGCGGCUGCAGGCGCUGCUCAGCGCGCUGCUGCGGGAGCUGCGCCGCGGCGGCAACGCCAGCGCGGCCGGUGCGGGUCCCGGUGCCGGUGCGGGUCCCGGCGGGGACGCCUCGCUCUACAUCCUGCUCAUCAUGAUCUUCUACGGCUGCCUGGCCGGGGGGCUCAUCCUGGCCUACACCCGCUCGCGGAAGCUGGAGUCCAAGCACGACCCGUACCACCUCUACAUCGAGCGCGACUGGGGCCGCGCCGGGCCGGGGGGAGCGGGAGAGGAGGCCGGCCCCGCCGAGGGGCAGCGGCUGAUGUGAGCGCGGCCCGGCCGGUUCCUCCGGGGCCGCGGGGAGACGGGGGCACCGGGCCUGCCCCCACGGCUCCCCCAGGACUGCCCCGAGGAGCGGCGGGGUGAGGAGCAGAUCGGAGCCCGAGGCCGGUGCUGCAGCGAGAGCUGCGCUUCAACUCUGCACUGAUUUGGACUGCUUUUCUACAAUGAACACCUGCAUCGCGUACGUACAGAGACCGCGCUCAUCAAUCAUCUCUAGAUCUUAUUUAACAUCUUCUGCUCUAAAAUCAGUUUGUAUUCCACCCUGUUACCUGAACACAGUGCUAUUGCUGCGGGCAGCCUUUUGCAUAAUUAAAAGCAGCUACUUUAUUGCUGUACUACGAACCCUUUUAUCACUUUAGAGCACUGGCAGUCGUGCCAGGUACAAUGGACCGGAAGGGCCAGAUCUCGUUCUGCUAAAUCAAGACUGUUCUGGCUUAUGUGGAAUCAUUUAUCAAAACAACAAGAGCUCAGAGGCUGAAGGUGCUCCCAUGAGGGAAGCAUCAGAACCUUGUCAUGGUACUCUGUGCUGAGGCACGGUAACUUAAGGGCAUCAGUAACAUCCCUCCACACACAGAGACAUGGAAUUGCAAGAAUACCUUCGUACAAGUUAAACCUUAAGAUUAAAACAACACACAGGAUAUGCUCUGUACAAAAAAGCCGGGCAGGCAGAGGCUGUUUCUCAUGUUCUAGCCAUGUUAACAGUCUGUCAUUGCUUGGUUUGGGCUUGGGGUGGGGUUUUUCCAGAGGAAGAUUAACGAACAAUUCCAAGGAACAAGCACCUUCACUAGGAAUGCUGCACCACACCAUCUGAAUUGCUAUUUGGAUUUUAUCCAAUCCAUGCUGCAGGAAAAAGAAGCUUUGACAUUAACUUAAAAGGAGGAGAGGUUUUUAUGUUACAGACUUAGAUUUCCUAACACUCAUGAAUAUUCUUUCCAACAGCAGAACAGUCUUAUAUUUGUCACCUACUGCACCUCGCUAUCUCUACUACGGCUUUGUGGGGAAUCACUGUAAACUGAAUACCUGAAGUGAUGAGUUUAAACAGAAAUAAAUCCUCGAGAGGACUGACAGUGACCAAGUCAGCUUUCUCACUGCAAACUGCUGCAAUAGCCACAGCCCAAAUGACAAAGUAUUGUUAGCUAUCAAACACCAUCUUGUGAAUACCCAGACAUUUUCAUUUUUGCACACAUUAAAGCUUCAAUGCACUGUGUGCUUAACACAUUCUAUUUAAUAUCAGCUGGUUACUAACUGCUUUCCACGGCUCCAUCCUAUAGACAAAUGUGAAGGUUGCGGCAGUCCCUUGGAGUCAGUGUCCAACAAAUCCCACUGAUUACACAUCUUCAUAAUCUGUUUCUCUUCCCUUCCUCCCAAAAUGCACAGUAUGUGUAACAUACUAUUAUUUAGAUCCUACCUAAAAAAAGGGCUGCCCCUGUGAAAAAUUCACCCUCCAUUGCACAGUUCCCAGUAAGGGAAGCACAAGGCCUCCUGCCAAGUCACUAACAAAACAUCAAAUUCUAAUUAUCUGCUGUUCCAUCUGUACCUUUCAAUACCUGAAAGAACCACAAGGUCUUGGUGAACUGUAGUAAUCUGUGAUUUACAUCACUCCAUCCAUUCUUAUCGUUACAGUUCAACCAGGUCUUUAAAUACAAUAACACCAUCAAGCAUUAACUGUAGCUUACACUGGAACAAGAUAUACACCAUAUAUACAGAUAAAUACAAUAUGCAUCUACAAAUGCAACUGGCUAUACACCUGUGUUACUCACUUCACACAUAUUCCUGGUGUCUAGCAGGUGAUUUUCACAACUGUGUAUAGGGAUGCUGCCUGGAUGUGUAGGGAUGGGGUCAGGAAUACCAAGGCACAGCUGGAGCUGAACUUGGCAAGGGACACAAAGGAUAAUGAGAAGGGUUUUUACAGGCAUGUGAGCCAGGAAAGGCGAAAGCAAGCAUACACCCCCCAGGUGAACACAACUGGCAAACAGGUAACAACAGACAAGAAGGCUGAGGGACUCAACUUUUCUGCCUCAGUCUUCAUGGGCAACCUCUCUUCCCACACCUAAACACAGACAAAAGUGCCAGUUUAUUACUGCUUGUAUUUACACCUCAUUGUAAUUUUUGGGUGCAGUAAGUCUGCAAGAAAAUAAAAGUUGGUUUUGUUCCCUA